AUGUUACUACGUCGUCGGCGUACUAGAGAUCGACCAAGGGACGUGCAGAUGGUGCUAAGACGACACUUCUCAACUGUUCCUAGCAAGAUGUCAUCGAUGGCAAUUAUGAACAGGACGGGUCCCAUUACAGCCCCUCGUCUCCAGUUUCCACUUCAAAACGGUGUUGUACAUGCGGCUGGUGUUCUCCGACUCCUGUGGUUCUUCAUUAACCACGAUAUAAUAUGUCGGUCGUUGAACGUGCACAAGUUCAGGGACAGAUGGUGCUCGCCGGUGAGGCAACGACUUGACGGAAUGUUCCCACCAAAUGACAAAACUGCAUCCCCGACCGCGCAUCGUUGGCAGUUGACAACAGACGAACACCUUUUCGUCCUGCCGCUAUACUGCCUUAGUAGAGUACAGGCUUUACUUGAGUUCCUGUCCUUCCUGUCCAAGCUCACGCCUUUCCAAGCUCCUUCAUCUUUAACUUACAUUAGUCCUCGCGAUCUUAUUGCGGCUGACGACGCAGCUUUCCUCUCGAACUUCUCCUGGUUGUAA